AUGAAUGUCUUACCUGAGUCCUGGUUCGCCUGGCAGGCUGAAUCCGUGCCUGAUUGGGCUACCGAUAGCGGUUGUCCGUCUAGUCUAAGGUCACCGGCGGCUGUGGCCUAUUGGGCUUACUACUUGGAUACGAAGGAUAGCUUUACACCGGAACAAAGAUUGUGGCAUCUCUCGGUUCUGGCACGCUGGUCUCCGGGACAUGCCUUGAUACAUGCGUUUUCGGACAUGAAGGAACAUUUCCAAUCGAUUAGGGAUGACAGAGAGGAUCAGUCGACACAGGAUCUUCAACAAGCGCUGAAUUUCUGGCUCUGCAAAGACAACGGUGGUACUCUCGAACAAGUUGUAACCAAGGAAUUCAAUGACGCUGCGGCUCAGCUUAAAGCAAUUCGUAACGACGCAACCAACUCGGCAAUGAAACCCUACGAGUCUCUAUUGGGAAAGUGGUGUAUUUCAACCGGUUGGGAAGAGUCUAAGUCUUACCACGACUACUAUCAUUUGCAAUGUCCCAUGUAUCGAGACCAGAUUGUCUCCACUUAUUUCUCGGACUUGGUGUGUUGGCCGGUUGAAGAAGGAACGAAACGCUUCCCAGUAGCUUCCUUUAAUUCCUUUGCCUUCGACCGCCCUAGAGAUAUCUGGCUCCGUUAUGCCGUACGGCUCGAAGAACAAUUCGUGCGGCGAUUGGUAGACUUGCUCAUCGACCAUCAGGCUAUCGGGACUGGUCUAACGCGCGAUACCAUCAUCAAGAAUUUGCGCCACCAGAAGUCAUUCCGCUUUUCAGCCUCACAAAAUACGUUCAACCAACUGUACAACCAAGCUCUCAACGAGAAAAUAAAGCAAGUGUCAAUUGAACGGGGUUUCGACCGAGCUUGGAAAUUAGGCUGUGCUGCAAUCACAACAAUGUACGACAUAUCUGCAGUAGCCAACGCACCCGUCGUUGCACAGCUUAAAGGCCUGGAAAAUCCAGCGGCGCCGUCAUCCUUUUAA